GGUUACUCUUUCUCUUAAAGCUAAAGAUUCCGAAGCCGUGCUAAGAAUAAAUGUUGUACUAGAAUCUUCUGUCGCUAGUUCUUGUUUUGUAUAUUGAGUUGAUCCUGUUUACUGUUCUUGCGAAGAAAUAAGUCUCUUCGUCUCGUUCUCGGUGCAGAUAUAAUUAUCAUCUCGACUGCUCCAGACACCUCAACUUCGUGGAAGACAAGAAUGCUCUGAUGGCUUAUCAUUUUUCACCCUUCAUCAAGAUCUCCAACACUUCUACUAACGUUGUUCUGCUUUUCCUCCUUCGUCUCCUGUCCUGCGUGUUUUUGAUCCUCAGUUGCAACGACCCGCAGACCACCCUCCCCGUGCGCGCCGCCCCCAUCUGGGAAGAGGAACAGGGCCUGGCUUUUCUGUACGCAAACGAGACACACAACCGGCAUGAGCUCCUGCGCCGCACUAUCGCGGGGAAAAAUUCCCCCUCCCCAUAUCGAAAAGGUACGUCGCAGACAAUUUGUAAUGCUGAUUUGGGACCACAAAUCAUCUCUGUCUUGCAAGAAGGCAACUCCACAGGCUCCGCCGCAUUAUGCAGGCGGUUUGUGAUGCUGUCUGGCCUAGCUAUAGCGCACACGUUUCUCAUGCUAAGCGCCUAGGUCAAAACCUCUCUACUCAGGUUUGGCGUGGCCCUGCAGUCCUCUUCAGCAAGACAAAUCUGACUUGUGUACGCAAAUCCAGCAACACAGACUUCGUCUCGAUAUGGGGAGGGGGGAUUUUUCAUUUUGAUACGCACGCAGGCGUUGGUCCGCCAGCAGAUGGGCCGGGACCGCAGAAUUUACUGGCUCACCGUGGAGCAGCGCUUCGCCCGGCAGCAGCGAAAGCGGGAGUUGCUCCAGCGAAUCUACACACAGGACUGGAAAAAUCGCAUUUUUGAGAAUGGUCAGGAAGAGAAAGAACAACAGCGUCAGGAGGAGCGAGAUAAGUCGCUCCGUUCGCACAGCCAUUUAUCUACAGCUGAAAUUGCGGAGCUAUACACCGACGCGCCGACCGCUGCCGAGGAGUUUGAGUUUCAGAAAAACGCCUUCCUCGCGCAACACGGGGACAUCCACGAUGGCAGCAGUACGUCUAGCACGACGAGGACUUCAUCAGAUUCAGCAGCAGGCACGGUGGAACAAGAACGGCCUCAUCUUGACAAUGCUGCAGCUACUACAGGAACGACCAAUAGUGCGCCGUCAAAGCUGUCCGCAAUGAAGGCGACGCUGGGGCGUGACGAAAGAGAUAGUUCUUCUGCCGGCAGCACGUCAUCUGUCGUACUAGCAGAGAGUACCAGAAUUCCGGACCACGGAGAUGCGACUACAAGCGAGGAGCAGCUCGCGCGCUACGGCGGGGCGAAACGCGCGAGAAGUACUUCUGCUGCAAACGGAGCUGCGAAUAAAGCCAGUGGGGUACUAGGUCCUACAUCAAAUACUGCAACUACAGGUACUUCUAACCAGAAACCAUUUUCCGGCACUACUUCUUCUACUCCUGCAGUAGAUCCCGACCAGUACCUCCGGCUCCUCCAACAGCGUCCUCCGGGGCUCGUAUGCAUUGCAAUCAUGUCUGGGUCUGGGAGGCUGGGACUUGUGAUGCAGACUCUGGAACACACAAGAAUUUGUGUUGCAUGAGCGCCAAAAGCUGCCCAAGUACAGAGUUUCGCAUGCAAGACAGGCAUCCUGAGGCGUGCUCAAAACCUCUGAUGCUUUUGCCUGCAUCAGACACCAUUUUCGUGAUCCGAAAUAUGCACGACAAAUCUCGCAACCCCAGACAUAUUUGCAUUUGAUAGCUCGUGUCUGGCUACAAGAACGAGCACCGAGUCGAAAUCGACGGGCACAAGCUCACCUUUUGCGGGCUGGACCAGCUCUGUCUCGGCAGCGCCUGCGAGUACGCGGGCGGGAAUAUCUAUGGAUGUGUCAGGUUUGAAAUCGUCAAAGUUGAAAUAGUUUGUCAUGCAUAAAACGGACACCAGUUAGGCCUGCAGUUUGUAGUCGGUGCAUGACAAAUUUUCCCGGUCCUGGAAGCGAGUCUGUCACGCGGUUUAGGGCAAAAGAGCUGCCUUCUGUCAUGCUAACCAGCAGCCCAAUUCUUGACCCUUACCAGCACUAGAAUCUGCCUCCCUUGCGCAUUCUGCAAUAGAGUCAGUCUUUGUGUCGCAUUUUAUGCAUGACAAACCAUUUCAACUUUGAGGAUUUCAAUCCUGACACAUCCAUAAUAUCACGUCGGACGGGACGGUUUGGGUCGGACAGGACUCGGUAUCAAAUGCAAAAAUGUCUGGGUCCGGAAGGUAACCAGGUUUGUCAUGCAUAUUUUGCAUGACCCAUGAUGCUUGGAAAGCAUGGCCUAGCAUCACAGACUUGUGGAGCGCAUCCUGAUGGCUGUCCCGCAUGACAAAUGCCCUUCCCGCGUAGUACAAAGUGAGGUCCUCUUUCUGGUCAUGCAAUACAAAUGUUUUUAGGAUCCGAAGAUAGCAUCACAAGUUGCAACCUUCCAGACCCAGACAUUUUUGCAUUUGAUACUCGGUUGCUUGGUACAACGAAACCUCCUGUGGCCGGUUUUGUAGCUGCAAGUCCAUUUCGAAUCACGUUGAGGAACUAGAAAAAGAGAGACAGAACGACCGCAAGCAGCCGGUCGUGGUCGUAGAUUACAGUGGCCACGGGGCUGACGGUCUCUUCGAGUACCCUUCAACAUCUACCUCCGCCGACGAAAUAAACUCAGACCAAAUAAACCUCCGCCGCCUGAUCACCAAGGAGCAAAACUUGCAAUCCGAGAACACGUGGCGGAUUGCGCACAAAACCGACGGGUGCGGCGGCACGAUCAUCCCGACGCGGACGAUCUUUCUCAACCGACCGAUGAUGAGUGGCCACCUCGGCUACGGAUCCCGGAUCAACACCUGGCUCCGGGUCACCAACCUCGCCAUCCACGUGGGCCACGGGUUCCAGUUGUCCCAGCACUCCUGUCCGGUGGAGCACCGCGGCCACCCGCACUGCUUCUUCCUAUGAACUGCAGGAGUAUCGUAUUCGUAUUGCAAUCAUGCAUUGCAAAUCUUUUUCUUGAGGUAAACCCGCAUUACAAAUUUUCUUUCUCAUGCUGAGGAAAUUUGUAAUGCAUUUAUACGAGUACGAUCGAUACUUUUGCAAUGCAUACUUCCAGCCGGCCAGCAAGUGCGGGCGCCAGUUCCGCACCAUGAACAGCGACGGGUGGGUAUCACACAGAAAAAAGCUAGCAGGGCAUAUUUGUAAUGCAAAAAUAAAUACACAAAAAAUGCAUAUCCGAAACAGCAUGCUAUGGGGCCACCCAUAGCAAAUUUUUUUGUGUACUUAUUUUUGCAUUACAAAUAUGCCCUGUCAGCUUUUUUGUUUUUCUCUGGGAUAGUCGGUCUUCGAACCGGAUUACUACGCGGCCUGCCGGUAUGGAAGCGUCAGGUUUGAAAUCGACAAAGCUGAAAUGAUUUGUCAUGCAUAAAAUGCAAGGCAUGAAGCGCCUGUCUUGCCGGGAUGGCAAGCGAGGCCGACCGUCAGCCUGUUUAGGGUUUGAAAUAGAGCUGCUAAAGUGGCAUGACAACAGCAGUCGCUUGUGCCCAAACAGCAUGACAAAUUGGAUUCCGGUGCUCGGAAAAUUUGUCAUGCACCGCUUGGAAAUUGGGCUUCCAGUUCCAACUGGCAUCGAUUUUGUGCAUUACAAGUUAUUUCAACUUUGACGAUUUCAAUCCUGACGCUUCCAUAGCCGGUUCUUGCUGGGGGAACAAGCCCCGCGGGAGGAGAUGGACGUGUGUUCGCGGGACGAACUGUACAUGUACCGGGCGAUUGCGCGCCGCGUGUUGAAGGUGCAGCCGGACGUUUUACACGUGAUUCUGGAGAAGUACAUCUUGUCCUCGGAAAACCUGAAGCAGUACCGGUUUGUAUUACAGUGAAAAGUGCCCCCCACCCCUAAAUUGCAGAAAUUUGUAAUGCGAAGUUUCCAAAUGAAAACUUUUUGCCAUGCAUGAAAGGAGUGUGAAUCUUUCUGAUGCAGAAUGUAGGCGCGUAUCGCAUCGCUUGCAUGACAAGUGCCGCUCUUGCUGGGGUCUUUUGCAAUACAAACUUUUGCUAUUCACGAUUGAAAACCUGUGACGCUGAUAGAUGCAAGAGGGCGAGUGUUUCAUUUGGAAAGGUUUGCAAUACAAAUGCUCCCAAGUUCGGGGGUGGAGGCAUUUUUCAUUGUAAUAGUUUGCAGACUUGGUGAACAAGCAGGUGGGACGAGAUUUUACUACUGCAACUCAGCAGGAUCAUCAUGUCGUGGGGCAGCAGAAGCAACAUCAGGAGAGUGGUGAUAGGAUGUUGAUGGCCGCCAAGAACGUGGUCGGUGUAGCUGGUCGUGUAGCAUCCUCAAGAACAGAGGGUGGUACACUUUCUACAACCGCAGAAGUACAAGUGUCCUCGAACUAUAACGAUUUCCAUUCCUGGGUGGGGGUCUUGGAAGAAGCUGGAACUACUACCGACGACGCGCACCACGAAGAAGACCCGUCUUUCGUGGUGGACACGAAAAGUAGUAGAACAGGCGGGAUUUCAUCUACGACAACAGAGCUGCAAGGCGAUGUUGACCAAAUUUUCCAAGACGCCGUGGUGCUGCGUCCGUUCGCCGGGAUGCAUAUUCGAUCAACGGACAACGUUGGCCGCUUUCGGCACGGGGUUUGCCACUACGCCGACAAGCUGGAGCUGAUGAUGCGAUUUUACUCUCCGGAUCGAAAGGAAAGGGAGCGGUUGCUGAAGACGCCCGGCGGGUGGCACAACAGCCUGGAACGGCUGUAUGAGGACGGAAGUAUAAACUUGCACUUAAUUUAUUUUUUUGGGCUCUUGUGAUGUAGAAAAGAACGAGGAAUUCAGACUCGCUUCUCAGUCUGCAUUGACUGACGUCACUUGUUCGGAGUACCGUUAAAAGUAGUUUGAUCGAUCAUGGUCGAAAACUUGAGAAGCUUCUAUGAGCUUAUGCCAAAUAAUUCUAAAAGUAAAUGUUCAAGUAAAACAGUAUCUAUUUCUCCAGAUCUGAACCCGUAUUCCAUGCACGUGAAGAAGAAGAAGGAGUUCAGCAUGACGGAAUUGCUGGAGGGCCGCUACAAGGGCGAAUCGGAUUACGAAGAUUUGCAGCAUAAGGAACUGAAGGCGCGUAACAAGGUCGCUUCCGUAAUGGACGACACCACGUCCGAGGUGGACCGCUUGCGCAAUUUGCGCGAAUUCCGAAGUACACACAAGGAAAAGACGUUGAACAGGGCUGAGCAGCAAGACGGGGGUGCAGCACACGAUACUACAACUACAGCCGAGAGAACUUCUGAAGACGAAGUACAAGAAAAACCACCUGAAGCGGAGCAGGAAGAAGAAAACGACGACGAGGAGCUCGAGGAGAGGGUGUAUUUCGACAAGAGUAGCAACUCUACCACAACUUGGCAGCUGCCGACGAAGAUCCGGACCGUCUUUGUGGCGACCGACAACUGCACAAAGCUCGUGGAUUUCCAAAUAUGCUCCAGAAAAAGACCGACAGGUCAUAUUUGUAAUGCAAAAAUAAAUAGACAAAAAAAUCUGUAUUGCAUGCCCUAAACAGGAUGCUAUGGCCUCGCCCAUGACAGAUUUUCCUGUGUAUUUAUUUUUGCAUUACAAAUAUGCCCUGCCUGCUUUUUUCUGUGGGAUACCAAAACUGUGAUGCGUACAAGAGGAACAGAUGGACGCUCGCGUCGUUUUGUCGACGGGAAGAUGGUCCUCGUGGUGAGCUUUCUGGGGGUCGCGAUCAAGAAGAUCGUGCAAGUGAUACAACAACUCAAACGAACAGAGGUACGACUAAGGCAGCGGUAAUAUCCGACAGUGCGGUGUUCUUUCAGGGGCACCAGAACGAUCAGGACCGACGAGGAGGGCUCCCACCAGAAGUGGCAGGGGAAAAUAAAGGACCACACGAGCAGGACCAACAUCAGAGCAGUACCAGACCUGCCGAGCAGCAACCGCACAACGCCGACAGUACAACUUCUAGUGCGUCGACGGAGUUGGUUGACCAGCUGGUGAGCGGCGAAGUGGAUUUAUCCGAGGCAGAAAACAUCCUAUCAAAUGCAAAUAUGUCUGGGUCUGGAAGAAUGCAAGUUUGUCAUGCUUGUCUGACAUGACUCGAGUAGAGUCUGUGUUGCAUAGGCACGAAAAGGCCCUCUUACCUGUCAUGCAAAAACGCAGUUUGCCGCACGGAAUACGAAUACGUAAGACAUGGCAGCGUGUUGCAGUGCGUAUUUGUCUAUCAUUCACUUUUAGCAUUACAAUACAAGUUUCCAGACCCAGACAUAUUUGCAGUUCAUACAUCCACCACACGGCCAAAAUGCUCGCGGAGUCCGAGUGGAGUCACCCGAAGCGCGGGACCGGCGCGGAAGACCUCUACCGACUCUGGGCGGAGGUGAUUCUGCUCACGAAGGCUACUUUUGCGGUCGGCACGUUCUCCAGCAACUUGUCGCGAUUGGUGCAGGUGUUGCGCCAGCAGCCGCAGAACACGAUGCUGUCGUUGGACAUGAGGUGGAAACCGGGCUGAUGACUCUGUCCUGUAUUUUUCGGCAAGAACGGCAACAACCACGUACGGAUCAUCUUUAGCGGACGAAGAACAUCGCGCGGAGUUGACAAGAAACCUCAUCCGUGUUCUUGUAGGAGCGCAUAAGCGUGUUGUAUUCUAGAACCACAUAAGUUUGAAUUUCGAGCCGGCCGUGAU